UCCAUUUGUUGCAGUAACGUGGUCAGUGCAUUCUGAAACUAGUUACAGCUUCAACCCUUUAUUUCGACCGUUUAAUUUAAAUCGAACAAGAGAAUGUGUUAAUUUGUGCGAUGGAGGCGGGUAUUAAUAACAGUAGUGAAGAACUUCGGCCUUCUAGUGCAGGACCGUCACUAAUAAAUGUAGUGACCACUUGUGUUAGUGCCCGGCAAUCGCCAAAGUUGAAUAUGCCACCAGUCGCGUUAAUAACGGCGUCGGCAUCGGCGUCGUCUUCGCUACUCAGGAAUUCCGCAUCUCCGUCCUUACCAAGAAAAAUUAUGAGCAAAAAUCAUAACAAUACAAUAUUUCCCACCUCGUACCCAAGCAACUUGGCAGAACUGCAACUGUACAGGGUAAUGCAAAACGCAUCUUUGCUCUACUACUACGACACGCUGUUGGAAAUGGGGGGUGAUGACGUGCAGCAACUAUGUGAUGCCGGCGAAGAAGAAUUUUUAGAAAUAAUGUCUUUGGUGGGAAUGGCAUCUAAACCGUUGCACGUGAGAAGGCUACAGAAAUCGUUACAGGAAUGGGUGACCAACGUUACCAAAUUCAAAAUGCCACUCAUUCCUGGAGAGGAUUUCGAGAUUGAGUUAUCUAGUCCCAGAAUUUCAAGCAACCAUAGCGUUUAUGUCAUUGACAACAACGAAGGCUAUCGACCAGUUUACUCGCCAUCGUCUGGGGAAUCCGGCGCGUCUCAGUCAGUUGGCAGUCCCGUUCGAUGUUUGUCAAAGAGGCCUUACUCUCCACUAGAUGGACCGUCUUGUCCACCAUCCUCAAGUUCGAGUCCAGUGAACAGUAGUUCACCCCUGCAACUUACACCAUCGCUUCUUGAUAGUCAAAUUGCGAAGCUGGCAACUGCAGCAGAGCGAUUGAGUAAGCGAUUACCAUUAUUCGAACCGAAGCCUUGCAAUACCAAAAAGAAGAUGUCCAAAGAACUGGAGUUAGUGAUGUCAAUGUCCGAAUCUGAUCCAAGGCGUAUGGAUGAAAUUCGAAGAUACGCCGCAAUCUAUGGACGAUUUGAUUGUAAAAGACGACCAGAAAAACCUCUAACGCUCCACGAAGUGUCGGUAAAUGAAGCCGCCGCCCAAAUUUGCAGAUUCGUGCCCGUGCUGUUAACGCGUAGGGAUGAAUUGUUUCCGUUAGCUCGUCAAGUGGUUAAAGAUUCGGGUUGUCAUUAUUCGAAAACUCAGGUAUCAUCUACCUAUAGUCAUAGAAUAUCUGGAUGCGAUAAGGAACCUGAGACCACUAACUUAAAGCAUUCAUCAAAUACCGAGGUAGAGGGCAAUUUCUCAAAAAAAGCGAAAUUAGAAAAUGAUGAUGGAAAUGAGCCAGGGUUGAACCGGCAGGAAAAAAACACGGAUGGUGGGCUUGUACGGUCACCACUCCACACUUUAUUUCAGCUUCAUACAAAAUCUCAUCUGCAAUCUAAUAGAGACACGAUACUUCGUAAUUCCUCUAUGACGGAUUAUGAAGAGGCAGAGUCCAACUACUCAUAUAGCAGCUCUAAUUCUCCGUAUCAGGUGGGAAACCACGAGCAGGAAAAUAGUUAUCAUGAAAAUAAUGGAAGUAAUAUUAUCGACGACCUUCACCACUCAGAUGCAGAGGAUACUCCAAAGUUUUCACCAAAAGUCAUAGCUGCUAGUGGAGACAAUAUAAUUGCCGUCGCUAAUCCAGCGUUAUCCAUGUCACCAACCAUCAUGGCGUCUAGUUCAAGAGAAACCCGUAAAAUAGAUUAAUAAUGUACAACAGCAAUAAAAUGUUUCAUCGGUUGAAUUUAUUUUUUAGUUUAACAUGCUGCUUUGUAUUUUAAAAAUAGUAUGUAUUUUGAAAAUUUGCAAUCAAUUGGCGAUUUCUUCAAGUAUUCCCCUUCUCCAAACACGCGGUUUUUUCACUGAUCUCCAGAGGCACAACAAAUAGUCGACUUUGCCUUUCCUAAGUCAACUCUAAUCAAAAGUUCACUCGCCCUUUCGCGAUUUUUACUUCAUAGCAUACGAAGCUUUAAGCUUAUUUGGGCGACAGUUGUGCAGAAUGUUAAGCAUAUAUGGAAGCAAUAUAGCAGUAUUCACUAAAAUUGACAAUAUGACCACGUGUAAAAACGAGAUUUUCCUUGGAGCAAAUAAAUUACUUGCGAAGUUUCUUUACGAAAAAUUCUUUCAGGGUAAAAUUUCUGAAGACUUUUGGGCCCC